UGCACACAAGCCUCUGGGAGUGACUGGGAGAGCUGUGGCUGGGAGCUGUCACCAUGUCGGAGAAAUUUGAGAUCACAAACUUGGACAUGAAAUCAGGGAUGACCCUGAAAAUUAAAGGCAAGAUCCACAAGGAUGUUAACAGCUUCACCAUUAACCUGGGCCAGGAGCAAGACAAGCUGAACCUGCAUUUUAACCCUCGCUUCAACGAAUCCACCAUCGUCUUCAACUCUCGUGAUGGUGGCACGUGGGGACAAGAGCAACGAGAAAGUAACAAGUGCUUCAGUCCAGGAGAGGACGUCAAGAUCACUGUGGCCUUCCAUAAUAAUGAGUUCAAGGUGACAUUACCUGACGGACACACGGUGACCUUCCCCAACAGGCUGGGUCAAAACCACCUGCGCUACCUAAGUAUGGCCGGGCUCCAAAUCUCCUCCUUCAAGCUUGAGUGAGCACGCAGCACCUCCUCAGAACAAGACCUCAGUCCCUAAACCCGUUUCGGCCCUCUCUGCGAGCCCUAUUAGGACCGCGGUCUUUAGGUCCUGUAAUUUCCCACGCUCCUUCUGACUAACCCCAGCCCCUAGGUCAAGAGCAAAUAAAAGAAUCCAC